AUGUCAACGGUAAAAGAUCAUGGAAUUGAUGGUACUGGACGUCAUUCAAUAGGUAGUUCAAGAUUUAGACAUAGAAAGAUAUCUGUUAAACAACAUUUAAGGAUAUAUAAACCAACAGAUCUUAAAAAUCUCGAUAAACAAGAAUUACAACAAAGAGAUGUAUUAGAUGUUGAAACAGGUGUUGAAAAAAAUGAAGAAAAAGAAGUCCAUUUACAUAGAAUUUUACAAAAAGGUGCAAGUCAAAUAAAUGGUAAAACAAAAGAAUAUAUUCCAACUCCGGAUGUUUUACCAGAUUGGCCAGAAUUUGAUAAAUUUUAUUCGAAUAAUUUUAAUGAACCAAGUACAUAUAUUAAAUUUUCUGCAACAGUUGAAGAUUGUUGUGGUGCAAAUUAUAAUAUGGAUGAAAAAGAUGAAGUUUUUUUAAAUGAACAAUUUAAUAAAAAAUUAAUUACUGAUGAUUCUAACGCAAUUCAAUUAAGUGAAGAUGAAUUUGAAAUUUUAUGCAAUGCAUUUGAAAAUGCAAUUCAAGAUAGACAACCUUUCUUAAGUAUUGAUCCUGAAAGUAUUUUAUCAUUUGAAGAAAUUAAACCAACUUUAUUAAAAAUUGAUUUAGGUGAAUAUGGUUUAAGAUCAUCUUUAGCAAAUGAAUUAAAUUAUAAAGAUGGUAAAAGAUUUUUAACACAAUUUGAUCCUGAAUCACAAAUUAUGGCAAGACCUUUAAUUAAUUUAAUUGAUCUUUAUGGGUUCGAAAUUUAUAAUUAUUGGAAAACAAGAAAAAUUGAAUCAAAUGGUGGUAAUAUUUUUCCAACUUUAAAAUUUGAAAGACCUGGUGAAAAAGAAGAAAUUGAUCCUUAUGUUUGUUUCAGAAGACGUGAAGUUAGACAUCCAAGAAAGACAAGAAGAAUUGAUAUUAUUAAUUGUCAAAAAUUAAGAAAUUUACAUAAAGAAUUGAAAAGAGCUAAAGAAUUAGCUUUGUUAGUAGCAAAAAGAGAACAAACUUCUUCAUUGCUAUUGAAGAAGGAUACUGAAGUAUUUGAUGAUAGACUCAAGAUUAAAAAAUUAAAGAGAACUUUAAAUAUUAGAGGUGAAGAAGAUGAUUUAAUUAAUCAUAGAAAGAAACGGAUUACUAUAAUGACAAUUGAAAGAAAAAGACAAAUUGAAGAAGAAGAAAUUCUUGCUGCUCAAUUAGCUAAAGAAAAAGCUGCUGCAGAAGCUGCAGAACUUGCUGCAACGAAAGCUGCUGCCGCUGCAGCUGCUGCACAAGCUAAUGGAUCAUCUUCGACAACAGGUAAUAAGAAAUUAUCAUCUAAGAAUAGAGCAUUAAAGAAACAUUUAGAACAAUUAUUAAAAUCAGGUGAAAAAUUAACUAAACAACAAAUGCAACAAUUACAACAAUUACAAAGAGGUAAAUCAGAUAUAUCUACGAAGAACCUAAAGAAAGAAGAAGCAUUAUUACAACAGCAACAACAACAAAAAUUAUUACUUUUACAACAACAACAGCAACAACAGCAACAACAACAACAACAACAACAACAAUUGUUACAGCAACAAUCUCCAAGUAUUUCGUCUCAUGUUUAUGUUAAAUUACCAUUUUCAAAGAUUCCUGAUAUUGAGUUAGAUGAUGUUGAUAAUUUAUUAUCUGAAAAGGAGAAAAAUGCAAAGAGAUUUGUUCAAGAAAGAAUGGAGAAAAGAAAAUUAGAAGAUGGAAAUACAUUCUUUAAUUUAACUGAUGAUCCAUAUAAUCCUGUCUUUGAAAUGAAUUUACCUGAAAAAUUAAACUCUUCAGAUUCUGCAUUUUCUUCUAUUGCGUCAUCUAAAUUUGUUAUUGAUAAAUCAUAUUUUUUACCAAAUUUAGAAAAAUUUAUGAAUGGUACUUCUGAUGAAGUUAAAGUAUUUGAUAAAAACGGUGACAGAAUAUCUGAUAUAUUGAAUAAAGAUUUAAAGAAAGUUGAACAAUAUAAUCCAUUUGAUUCUCAAAAGGAAUUACAUUCAAGAGAAUAUCCAGUUAAAUUUAGAAGAAGAGUAGGUCGUGCUGGAAUUCAAUAUUUGGAUAGAAAACCAAAUAUGUCUUGUGCUGAUGUCGCUAAUGAAGAAUCUAUGUUAAAUGAAUUUAUAGAUUUUGAUGCAGUAGCAAAAGAAGAUAAUAAUGCAAACACUACUAUUGAUGUAUAUGAUUCUCAAUCAGAUCAACUUACCAGAUUUUAUGAUAAAUGGAAGUAUGAUUCACCAAGAACAGGUGAUUAUGGUACACCAUUCUCUAACGAACCUUCUAGAUUAAACAAAUUAUCUAAUGAUACUCAAGUUAUUCGAUUUGGUACUAUGUUAGGUAGUAAAUCGUAUGAUCAAUUAAGAAAAUCUACAAUGAGAUAUCGUAGAGAUUACAUAAACAGAAUCAGACAACAGAGAGUAUUGCAACAACAGCAACAACAAGAACUCCAACAGCAGCAACAGCAACAGCAACAGCAAUUACUUCAACAACAGCAACAGCAACAGCAACAGCAACAACAAUCACAGUCUCAAAACAAUCAAUCUUCAAACCAGGAUUCUAAACCAAAGAAGAAAAAUAACAAAUCGCCAAGUAAAAACUCUUCCACAAAGGCAACACCAGAACAUUUUAAUAAGAAAGAAUAUAUGGAUACGACAACAUCAACACCUAUACCUUCACAAUCCCCAUCAGUUCCUCAAGGAACUUCAACAUGA